UAUAUGGUACAAAGGUCUGCCUGAGGCUUUUUGCUCUCCGCCACUCUCCCAAACACUUCCUGUCUGGCGGCGUCAUUACGUCACCCUGCAUCCCGAAUGAAGGUGGACCACUCGCAGCCAUUUUACUCAGCGAAAUAAACUUCAGUCUCCAGCCAGACGGACAGUGGUGGCCAACAUUCCUCACCUUGCGUCAGUGGAUAUCUGGUCGUGUAGCUCGGAUGGAUUCUGGCUUCGAGGCUUCGCUGUUCGGUAGCAGGAAGACCUGACCUAAAGGGGCAGUGAUCCAGACCCCAUCCACCUGCUCCUGAGGCACCAUGGAGCCCCAGGCUUCUCGGGAGCAUCUAGGAACAGAGGGAGAUAAUGGGAUGUCAAACCUCCUGGUGCCCAGUCCUCAGAGUGAGUCAAUGACCCACGAGAUGGAGGAGCUGACUUUGCAGCCCACACAGAAUCUGCCCCCUCUCAAUGAACGCAAAAACGUGCUGCAGUUGAGGCUUCAGCAGAGGCGAACCAGGGAGCAGCUGGUGGAUCAGGGCAUCAUGCCACCUCUGAAGAGUCCAGCAGCUUUCCAUGGCCAGAUUCGCAGCUUGGAAAGGGCCAGGACUGAGAAUUUUCUGAAGCACAAGAUCCGCAGUCGUCCAGAGAGAGCAGAGCUGGUCAGGAUGCACAUCCUGCAAGAGACCGGAGCAGAACCCUCACUGCAGGCCACCCAGAUGAGGCUGAAGAGGGCGAGGCUGGCUGACAACCUGAACGAGAAGAUCGCCCAGAGACCCGGUCCCAUGGAGCUGGUGGAGAAGAACAUCCUGCCAGUGGACUCCAGCCUCAAACAGGCCAUCAUAGUGGGUCAGGUGAAUUAUCCCAAGGUUCUGGAUGAGGACAGCUGUGAGGCACUGUCUCCAGAGCAACCAGCCAGUCAGGAGUCCCAGAGCUCUGCUCCGUCACCAGGGGAGGGUAAAACACCAGAAACUCCUUCACCAGGCGUAGCUCCAGCACCCACCACCUUGCUGCAGCUCCUUCCAGCGGCAGAUGUUACUAAAGGGAUUCCCACCAGUGAGCUGCCUCCGAGCUGUCCAGCUGUCCCUCCUGCUCCCCCAGCGGCUCUCCCAAAACCAGGUCCCACUCUGGUCAAACAAAGCCAGCAGAAGGCUCCAUCAGAGAAGAACCGCAGCAAGAAGAGCAAAGAGCCAAAGUCCAGAGUGAAGAAGCUCAAGUACCACCAGUACGUCCCUCCAGACCAGAAGCAGGAGACCAGCGAGGCGCUGAUGGACUCCUCGUACACCCGCCUGCUGCAGCAGCAGCAGCUGUUCCUGCAGCUGCAGAUCCUGAGUCAGCAGCAACAACACUACAACUAUCAGACAAUACUACCAGCACCACUCAAAUCUGUGGCUGAGAUUCAGAGCAACAAUGUCAGUACGCUGCCAACCUCCAUCAUGGCGUCUUUACCCACCACAGCCCAACCUCCACCUCUGUCCUCAGCAGCAGCUCGGCCAAACAACUCGCUGUCCAACCGCAAACCCGGGGUCUUACCAGCCAACCUGGAGGAAAUGAAGGUGGCUGAACUGAAGCUGGAGCUGAAGCUGCGAGGCCUCCAGGUGUCGGGAACCAAAACAGAUCUGAUAGAAAGACUGAAGCCUUUCCAGGACAGCGUCAGCAUCGCUGCACCCUCCACCACUGCUGCUCGUGCCACUACCAUCGUCCCCUCCCUCCCUAUGGAGGUCACCACCAAUACAACACCUGCGAGAGUCCUCCCAGUCCAGCAGGCGGCAUCAGGGAGCAUCAGCUCCACACCUCCCGUGUCUCCCACUCCUGCCGAUCCAGCUUCUCUCCAGCCAGACGUCAGCAUGUCUGAGGCCACGUCUGAGAUCCAGAAGGGGAGCUUCGGUUCUUCCGGGCCCCGUUCAUCUCCUCGGCCUUCUAUUCACAUUCCUGAGGAGGACAGAAGGCUCCAUGAGAAGGAGCGGCAGAUCGAGGAGCUGAUGAGGAAGCUGGAGCAGGAGCAGAGGCUGGUGGAGGAGCUAAAGAUGCAGCUGGAGGUGGAGAAAAGAGGUCAGGUUGGAUGUUCAGAUGAUUCCAUUGCUCCCACACUCACGUCUGUCCCAACUAUCAGCACACCUGUCCUCAAUGCUAACGUGGUAAAGGUGGAGGGCAGCAUGCUGCCUAACUGUUCGUCCAGCUCUGCUGCCAUUCCAAACUCCAUCCUCGGCUCACAGCUACCUGCUGUAGUGAAGCUGGAGGAUGUGACUGUCUCUCCUGGAAAAGUGCUGCAGCUUCAGACCCAAACCCAGCUCAUCACUCAGAUCCAGCCUCAAGCCAAGCCCCAAGUGUCCACCAGCCCACAGCUCUGUCCCCAGACCCAGAAAAGCCCCCAAAUCCAGGCCCAGCCAGCAGCCCCCAGCCUGCAGCAGUUCUUCAUCAGCCACCCAGGGGGGGUGCUGGGUCCGCCUCAAACGCUGCUCACCACCGGCCAAGCUGGGACUCAGAUCCUCGUCCCCGUCUCACUACCCAACAAUGCCACUGCAAUCCAGCUGCCAAGCACCACCCUCAGCCUGCAGCCUGUCCUCCAGGCCACAGUCUCUAACCCAGGUCUGGUUCAGGCUCCUGUUCCUCAGCUGCAGACCACCAAGAUGGACAUGACACCCAGCCAGCAGCCGCUGCUACAGGCUCUGUCCAUGUGCAACAGCCCUUCUGGUUUAGGGAACCAACCCAGACCUGAGAUCAAUGCCCAGUGUUUCCUCCGGAGCUCCCCGGAGAACAGAGUUUCUCCACACACUUCGCCCAACCACCGGGUCUCCAACAAACCACUCAGCCAGGUGUCCUCCUCUCAGCCUGCCUUCAUCCUCCAGCCCUCCUCCCUGGUGCCCCAGCCCCCAAAGACGAGGGCGCCCCCCCGCUACGAGGAGGCAGUCAAGCAGAGCAGAAACACCCACACUAAUAGUGUUUCACAGGUCUCCAUGGCAACGAGCCAACACAUGGAUGACCUGUUUGACAUCCUCAUAGAGAGUGGAGAGAUCACCCAGUUCAUCCAGCAGGAACCCCCGGCCCCUCUCAGUAAAACCCUCCCAGUCACAGCCAACAUCUCCACCCUUCCUGUCAACACCGCCCUAUCCAGACCCCCCGCACAGAUCCAGGUGGCUCCACCGUUCACGCUGGGCUCUCUGAUCAGCCCCACCCUGACCCCCAUGGUCACAGAUAACCAGCUGGAGGCCUUCCUGGAGAGGACUCUGGCUGAGACGCCGUCGAUGUCAGACCCUCGGACGCAGGGCCUGAUGGAGGAGCUGCAGGCCCAGCUGGUGGACCAGCAGCUCUACUCCCCCAUGGACACGUCUGACUUGUCUUUCUGUGACUCGUCCUCCUCCCCGUCUUUGCUCAACAUGGGCCUGUCCGACCCGGCGCUGGACAACAUGGAAUGGUUGGAUCUUACCAUGCCACCUGGUUCUGUUGGGGCACCGCUAACACCACUGGGGAUGCCGACAGACUUCCUGGACUCACAUGACCUGCAGCUGCACUGGGACUGACGGGAAUAAUCGAGAUGGAACAAAGAGGCUCUUCUGUCUCAUUAUUGAAGUGGAUGGACAUGCGUUGAGUUUGCACGGCUUUAAUUCCGGUGAGGGCUGAACUGUUUGGGAGAGCGUCUGCAGCAGCAGAAGCCAUCAGAGGGUCAGGGCUUUAUCUGUAGUUUCAACCAGAGCCAAACAAAGACUGUUGUAAAUACACCUUAAGCCACACUAAUGGUUUCCCCUCUGAGAGCCAGAGUAGGAUCAGUGACAGGUUCUGACAUUCUGGUGGGCUUUUAGUGAAAACCUUCUGCUUUCCGGUCCAAGGACGGUACCUGAAAGGCUUUUAAAUGUUUCCAAGUCCUUUUGGGGGGGCGUGUCUGAUGUUAGAACCUUCGUCCCACUAAAUCCAGUAUCUCACUAGGCUGUGGCUGUUGGCUGCAGAUGGUAUUUGCAAGGGCUUUUCUAAAAUGUCUGAAAACUGUUAUGAGUUCUCUUCUUUCUUUUUGAAAGUUUGAACCAGUUCAAAAGUCCACGAGACAAAAUGAUCUCAAAAUAACCACAGAUUGCUGCUGGAUUCUGGGGCUUGUCUCGAACCCUUCUGGAAAUUGUCUCUGGCUCAGGCGUGUGAGACAACUUUGGUGGCCAGAUUGAGACACUCCGUGGACAUUUGUCUUGCUGUGUUAGUUUAUCUGUGACCUGUCGCCAACAGCCCAGGGAGCUACUGGGUUCCAACAGAAUCACAGCUCUGACAAAACCUUCCCCUGACCAGUAGGUUUCCUUUGGGUCCAGUCACAUCUGUCUUUUGACUCAAAGAUGUCUGUCGCCACAUUCUGAAGAAGACACUGGUCCCGUCUGUGGACAUGUCCCCUGACUAAUCUGAUGGAACCUUUCCUCGUCUCCGUUCCAAACAACGAUUCUGACGACAAGUCCGACGAGAGCUCGCCGCUCGUCUGUCAGUGUGAGAGCUAUGCACUAAACGAGAAAGAUUCCACAAUGCACCUCGUCGCCUCAGAACAAUAAAGUGGUAACGCUGCAUAUCUCUGUGACUGUAAUCAGCUGACAGAGGUCACAUUGUCCUGGAGACACUGCAGUCGUCCAAGUUGCUUAUUGUGAAUGUACCUUUGAAGAUAUCAACAAAAGAAAACUAUGACUUUGAAAGGUGGCAGCUUUGUUCUGGUUAGUAAACUGAAGAAAAACUAGAAAGGGACAAAAACUGUUUCUGUUCAGGCACCAGAGUAAUGUGCUGCCAGUCAUAUCAAUGAACAAAGAUGUCUGAUGAGCUUUAUAUCUAGCUGUCUCUGUGUGUGUGGGUGUGGGUGUGGGUGUGGGUGUGUGUGGGGGCUUGUAUUUGUACCCUUGUGAAGACCGGAUCUGGGAUAUUUACCAACCUUCUUACGACUGAUGGAACUUGUUAGGACCAAAGCCCGGUUCUAAUACGGAGUACUCCCUGGGGGUGGGGUUUACAGAUAAGAUGUGAAUUUAGUUUUUGUUACAGGUAACUUUAGGAAUACACUGGGUAAGGGUUUGGGUUAAGCAUUGUGGACUCACUCAAAUGAAUGGAAGUCAAUACAAAGUCCUAACAAGGGUACAAAUACAAGUGUGUGUGUGUGUGUGUGUGUGUGUGUGUGUGUGUGUGUGUGUGUGUGUGUGUGUGUGUGUGUGUGUGUGUGUGUGUGUGUGUGUGUGUGUGUGUGUGUGUGUGUGUGUGUGUGUGUGCGCACGCGCGUGCGCACGCCAGGAAGGAACAUUACUGCGUCACGAGCCAUCAGCCAUGUUAGCAGGGCUUUUUCGGCCAUUUUGAAAUUUGUUAACUUCCUGAACAGCCUCUGUUGGGAGAAAUGGCAUAUACACCAUACAUGGUUGAUGAGGUAGCAGCUAGUGCAAAGACGGCAACGUGAAUCAAGUUUUGUGACAUGAUUUUUAACCGUAUCUUCCCUUUUUUGUUUUCUGUUAUUCAUAAGUCAGAUGCUAUUGGCAUAUCAAAGCUGUACAAGGAUCUGCAUUGGUGACCAUAACCAGAGUUGUGGUCUCUAGUUUAAAAACAUCUUACAUUUAUUUAUUUUAAAAUAACUUCAGAUUUUGCCUGCACACGUUUUUAGACAGCAUUAAUAAGGGUUAAAACAACAUUUCCGAGUGAGGUUUUACUGGCUGAAGAGAAUGGAAGCACAACACUGCAUCUACUGUGACGUGCACUCACACUAGCUGUUAGCUUAUCAGUCCUAUGGGACAAGAAAUACAUUUAUCUAAAAUGAGGCUGCUCAGGGAACUACAGGGGAUGUGAAACUUUGGGCGGUCUUGUUAAUCUUCCUGUAUAAAUCAUCUGUUGUUACGAUAAAUAAUUUCAGUUAAAUAUAUAUGAGACACACACAGUGAUGUUUGAGAAGGGAAACAAAGUUUAUAGAAUUUACAGAAACUGUGCAAUUAUUUUUUAAACAAAGGCAGGUGCAUAAAUUUGGGUGCCACAAAAUAAAUUACCAUAAUUUCAGGACUAUAGAGCGUACCUUAAUAUAAGCCGCACCAGGCUAAAAGCCGCAGAUAUCUACUGAAUUGAAAACGUAGUUUAACUGAACGUAACUGAACUGAUCAGUAUCAAACAAAACAGAAAAGUUAUUGAUUAGUUUAUUCAUCCUCCUGCUGCACAUUGAAACCACUGAAGUCAUCUUCGGUGUCUGAGUUGAACAGCCUCAGAAGAGCUUCGUCACAUACCUUUUCUGUGGCGAUGUCGGUGUCGCUCUCCGUGUUGCUGUCAUCAUCCCGGGGUGAAGCUGGGAAAACAAGCAGCGUCGUUUUACUGUGAAAAAAAUCCUCCUGGGUGCUUUCCGUAGCACUCCUUUAACCAUUCCUUCAUUAGACUUUCCAGCAUCCAUCCUUUCUGGUUGACUAAAGCCGCAUGGUUCAAAGCGUGGGGAAAAAGUAGCGGCUUAUAGUCCGGAAAAUGCGUUAACUCAAUAUUUUGUGCAUCUCUAGUUCAUUCAGGUGUGAUGGCUUCUGAGCAUGGACAGCUCUCUUAACUUGCACCACAGAUUUUAAUAAUUUUCAGGUCUGGGGACUGAGAUGGCCGUUCCAGAACGUUCUACUUGUUCCUCUGCAUUAAUGCCUUAGUAGAUGUUGAGCAGUGUUUAGGGUCGUCUUGUUGACAGAUCCAGCCCCGGUGCAGCUUCAGCUUUGUCACUGAUCCCUGGAUACUGGUCUUCAGAAACUGCUGAUAUGCGUCCCUCAACUUUAACAAGAUUCCAAGUCCCUGCAAUGGUCACACCGCCUACAUCAUAAUGUAACCACCACCAUGUUUUACUGCAUCAGGUGUUUUUCUUGGAAUGCUGUGUUCUUGUUCCUUCAUGCAUAACGCCCCAAAUAACUCAGUUCUAGUUUCAUCAGCCCACAGCACCUUAUUCCAGAAUGAAGCUGCUUGUCCAGAUGUGCUUCAGCAAACCUCAAGCAGCUCUGUUUGUGCCGUGGGAGGAGAAAAAGGCUUCCUCUGCAUCACUCUCACAUGCAGCAUCUCCUUGUGUGAAGUGCACUCAAUAGUUGGACGAUGCACAAUAGCUUCAUGUGCUGCAAGAUGAUGUUGUAGGUCCUUGGUGCUGGUCUGUGGGUUCACUCUGACUGUUCUCAUCAUUCUUUGCUCUGCGAUUUCCCUGGUCUGCCACUUGGAGCCUUAACUAGAACUGUGCCUGUGGUCUUCCAUUUCCUCAAUAUGUUCCUAACUGUGGAAACAGACAGCUGAAAUCUCUGAGACAGAUUUCUUUCUCCUUCCCCUAAACCAUGAUGGAGAACGAUCUUUGUUUUCAGGUCACUGAGAGUUGUUCUGAGACCCCAUGUUGCUGCUCUUCAGAGAAUAUUCAGAGGAGAAAACUUACAAUUGGCCACUUAAAUACUUUUUUCUCAUAACUGGACUCACCUGUGUGUGGAGGUCAAGGGUCACUGAACUAACCAAACCAAUGUUGAACUCCAAUAAUUAGUUUUAAAGAUUUUGGAAUUAAAAAAAUGCCAAAUUGAUGCACUAGCCUAAUUUUGUUUAAACGAUAAUUGCUCUCUUUCUGUAAAUUCUAAAAACUUUGUUUCACUUCUCUAACAUCACUGAGUGUCCCCAUUGUUAUGUUUAACUGAAAUAAUUUAUCAUAACAACCAACGAUUUAUACACGAAAAUCUUGAAGAUGAACAAGGCUGCCCACACGUUCACAUCCCCCUGUAUAGACCAGCAUUUCAAAACGUCUGAAAUAUCCUUUCAAAUAACCGGCAGCUGAUGAGUUGUUUUGCUUUAGGAGCCUCCUGUCAUGUGACCAAUUUUUUUUUUCAUGGGAGAAGUAUUCCUGGCUGAUGAAAUCAUCUAACUCAUCAGCCACCACAGACUCGUGUGUGUGUGUGUAUGUCCUUCCCCCCGUCUCUUGCAUGUUCCUGUCUCUCUGUCUGCAUGACUGUUCUGGUUAUUUCAGACUCUUUCCUGGUUUAAAAAAAAGCAAAACUUAUAUCACGCAUUCUUGAAAAUGUCCGCAUCAAAACGAGCUUUGACUUUAGUUCGGCUGCCGUCCUGCCUUGGAGAAGGCACACAUUUCCAGGUGUGAUGCACAGCUGUAAAGAGGGGCUCAGCAUGGCGAGGUUUCCUCUCUUAUUACACUCGAUGCAUCCCUUUAAUCAGUUCAGACAUACAGAUGAAGUGUGUCCUGUGUGUGUUCCUCCAUCUGGAUGGGACCAAAAAAAUCCCAACAGUUUUUCUUGUAGUUGUGCCCUCAGACACUAGAGGGCGACACCUCCCGCCUGAUUGACUCUAAACCCUUCCACUGAUGCAUUCACGUUUGACUGAGUGAAGAAAUUAUGCCAAAUACUGCACACACGUCCUCCUUUUUGGUGUGUUUUCCACAAACUCCCCGCGUCUGAACCUGCUCAGAGAGGACCACGUCCUUGUUUGUGCUCCCAUCGAUUCCCAUGCAUGUGUCAGAGUCUGGGAUCUGACUUAGCCCAAGUGUUGCCACCGCUUAGCUGUGUGAUUACUUUAUUCCUCUCAGAAUAAACAUCUGUUUUUGCUAUUCUGGUCACGUUUUAGGCACGUUGAUACUCUGUUGCCAAAAAGGCGGUAGAACUUGUUCAGUUGUUGACUUUUGUUUGUUAAUCUUUUUUUAUUAUUAUUAUAAAUGAUAAAAGUAACGGCCAUGUGACAACUGUUAAAGAGGACCACAUAUGUGUAUAUUUCUGGUUUCAUAUCAGACAGCUCUGGGCUGCGCCAGGGCGUGUUUCCAUGCGACUCCACUUUAGAUAACACACGAGGGCAGAUAAAACUAAAUCAGCUGCUCUUCUGUGAUGUGCUGAACUGGAUGUCAAAUCCUGUUUUGAUUCUUUUUUAAAGAGCUUUUACUCCAGUCAUGCAUUGUAAAACACGUCAUAUAUACGGGGUGCCAUUUGUAAAGUAAUACAUAUUUAGUUUAAAUAGCUAACUGUUGCACUAUUUAGUAUUAACAGCUACAUUUUGUCACAUUUAGCUGCUUGACACUAAUUUGAUGGGGUGUUGUGUCACUUUUUACCAGAUUAAUUUUCAAUUUUACAAAUUACAAACCUAAAAGACAUUGAGAAUAAAAUCUAAAUCUAUUAAAUUAUAGCUGAUAAUAAAUGUGUCAGUUUUAAGCUAAAUAUUUGCUCCUUUAGAGUGCCGUAAAAUGGAAGUGGCUCACUAAAAUAAAAGCAUGUAGCAUCAUUUGCGAGUCCAUUCAUCCCUGGAUCAGUAGUCGUCUUGUUUGGGUUCUCCCUACAUGACGAGAUUAGACCAGCCCACACAGUUUAACCAUCAAAGGCAUUCAGCGAUGUCGUACAGGGAGCGGCGUCCCUUUACCCUUCUUUUAUUUUAGUGGGACUCUAUGAGAUAAACGUUUAAUUUAAAACCACCACAUUCAUAUACAGGUACAACUUUAUAUUCAUAGAUUUGAUUAUAAAUAUUCAGAUUGAGCUUAAGAUGUGUAGAGUUGAUUCUAAAUAUCUAAGUUUAACAAAAUAUUUAGAUACAGCUCUGUGUUUUGGUUUGACUUUAAAAGUGUGGAUUUGCAUUUAAAUGUUUAGGUUGGACUUUGUGUUUAGACUUCACCAUCUCUCGAUGUUUAGGCGUCGUUUUAUGUUUAGAUCUGAUUCUAAAUAUUUAAAAAGAAACUUAUAUUUAGAUUUGUAUCUAAAUGUUUAGCUCUACCCUUAUAUCUUUAGAUUUUACGGUCAACAGUUAAUUUUAGCUUUAAAUGUUGGUUUAAAUUUGAUGAUUUUGCCAAAGCUAAAUGUGGUAAAAUAGAGCUGUUUCUUAACUACCUAUUACUUUACAGUCUGCACCUCGUACAUAUCCCACUGGUUCUGUAUCAUGACAAAUCACGCCUUUAAAUGUUGCUGUGAUGGGAAAGAACAUGGUGUUGGAUUUCCACUGCUCUCCCGUCUUGUCUCCGUCCUCCAUGCCAUGUCUCUUGUUUGUAAUGCCACAUCUUUUGCACAUUGUGUACAUAUUUAUAUAGAUGUUGAUGCAUAUUUUUAUAUGUGUGUAACAUCCACAGGCUCUUUAAUUUGUAAAUACUCUGAAAGAUGUAUUUAAGUACUGUAUGCUUUUAUGUGUCAAUAAAAAUAGUGUACUGUGAAAAUUUCA